GCCGGCCGCUCCCUCCCUCCGCCGAGCCGGAGCGAGGAAUGGGCGGUCCCGGCCCGUAGCCCCCGGCUGCGGCUGCUCCUCCUCCCGGUCGCAGCGUCUCGGCGGCCUCCGCCCGAUGCUGGCGGAGCUCGGGGUCUCGGCGGCGGCGUUGUGAGCGCUCCGGCCGGGCCGCCGCCGCCAUGUCCGGCGUGGUGCGCACCCUGAGCCGCUGCCUGCUGCCGGCCGAGGCCGCGGGCCGCGCCGGGGAGCAGCCGCGGAGGGACGGCAAGGAGCGGAGCCGCGAUGCCGAGCGGGAGGCGCGGCGGCGCAGCCGGGAGAUCGACGCGAUGCUGGCCCGGGAGCGGCGCGCCGUGCGCCGCCUCGUCAAGAUCCUGCUGCUGGGCGCCGGCGAGAGCGGCAAGUCCACCUUCCUCAAGCAGAUGCGGAUCAUCCACGGCCGCGAGUUCGACCAGAAGGCGCUGCUGGAGUUCCGGGCCACCAUCUACGAGAACAUCCUCAAGGGCUGCAGGGUUCUGGUUGAUGCACGGGACAAGCUGGGGAUCCCUUGGCAGUACACAGAGAAUGAGAAGCAUGGGAUGUUCCUGAUGGCCUUUGAGAACAAAGCUGGGAUGCCCAUCGAGCCUGCCACCUUCCAGCUCUACGUCCCCGCCCUGGGCGCGCUCUGGAGGGAUUCGGGAAUCAAGGAAGCCUUCAGCCGCCGCAGCGAGUACCAGCUGGGUGAAUCAGUGAAAUACUUCCUGGAUAACCUGGAUCGGAUCGGUCAGCUGAACUAUUUCCCCAGCAAACAAGAUAUUUUGCUGGCCAGAAAAGCCACGAAGGGGAUAGUAGAACAUGAUUUCAUCAUUAAAAAAAUUCCUUUCAAGAUGGUGGAUGUAGGGGGACAGAGAUCUCAGCGUCAAAAAUGGUUCCAGUGCUUUGAUGGAAUAACUUCAAUUUUGUUCAUGGUCUCCUCCAGUGAAUACGACCAGGUCCUCAUGGAAGACAGGCGCACAAACAGACUCGUGGAGUCCAUGAAUAUCUUUGAGACAAUAGUCAAUAACAAGCUUUUCUUUAACGUUUCCAUUAUCCUAUUCCUCAACAAGAUGGACCUUCUCGUGGAGAAGGUCAAGAAUGUCAGCAUUAAGAAGUAUUUCUCGGACUUCAAGGGCGACCCUCACCGUCUGGAGGACGUGCAGCGUUACCUGGUGCAGUGCUUCGACAGGAAGAGGCGGAACCGCAGCAAGCCCCUCUUCCACCACUUCACCACGGCCAUCGACACGGAGAACAUCCGCUUCGUGUUCCAUGCCGUCAAGGACACCAUCCUGCAGGAGAACCUCAAGGACAUCAUGCUGCAGUGAAGGAGAGCAGCCCCUGCUCCGUUGAAAUUUCGCUGGAGGGUUCCAUCGACGUUUUUAUCCUUUCUUUAUGGCCCUUGCAUGCGGCGUGGGACCCGUGCGAAUUCCUUGGCUCAGGAAUGCUGUACACUAGCCAGUCCAAACAGAGGAGCUCUAGGCCGGAGGAGUCGUGUUGAUGUUAGCUACUGAAUCAUUUGGACUAAAACACUACUGAAACCUGGCCAUGGGAGGUUCUGUACCGAGUUUGGAACGCCGAAUGACACAACCACCGUCUGCCUUCUU